AUGGACUUAGCCAUUUACCAUUCUCUAGGGACAAGUUGUGUGGUUCUCCUUGGACUUUUCGCGAGUGGAGAGUGGAAAACAUUGCCAAGUGAGAUGGGAAACUACAAACUGGGGCAAGUUUCAUAUGGACAAACGAAGUCCGGUCAGUAUCAGCCAAACAGCAGGCGUUAUUUUCCUUCACUUACCAGUUCAGCAGGGAAAAGAACCAAAAAUCCAAUAGACCAGGACAAACGAAGUCCGGUCAAUAUCAGCCAAACAGCAUUAUCUCACUCAAACACGUACAGACGGUGGCUCCGGAUAGCUCUGCCAGUCAGUUGCUACAAUUCUGCGCAGACUAUAUACUAUGACAACGGAGGAAACAGCAAAUGGCUAGCAACAGCGGUUCAGCUUGUAGGCUUUCCUGUUCUGCUUCCAUACUACCUCUUGUUAUUCAAAACACAUACAACAACUCAUAAAGAUGCCGAAACAGCCUCUCCUUGGAACCGUGUAUCGGUUUACGUAGUGCUUGUAGGAGCAGACUACUUGUUCUUCCUUUAG